AUGCUCGUACAGAGCAAGUGGAAUUCACUAAAAUGCACUUCUGUAUUCAGGCGCUGUCUCACGACUCUUCAGCACCAACAAAAGCGCAUACCUCGAAAAGGCGAUCUCGUCGUUAUGGCCAUGUCAGGUGGAGUCGAUUCUAGUGUAUCAGCUGCAUUACUGAAGAAACAAGGCUACAAUGUCCGGGGUAUUUAUAUGCGAAAUUGGGAUACUUCAGACGAGAGUGGCGUAUGCACAAGUAGGCAAGACUGGGAGGAUGUUCAGAAAGUAUGCAAACAUUUGGACAUUGAAUGCGAACAUGUGGAUUUCGUCAAGGAAUACUGGAAUGAUGUGUUUGAAAAGACGUUGGAUGACUAUGCCAGAGGACUCACGCCCAAUCCAGAUAUUGCUUGCAACAGUUUCAUCAAGUUCGGCGCGCUAUUGGAUAAAAUACCGAAAGAUGCGUGGUUUGCCACAGGUCAUUACUGUCGUUCCUUGGAUGGCAAACUACUACGUGGACUAGAGCGCAACAAAGAUCAAUCCUACUACCUCUCCACCGUACCUGAACAAGCAUUGAGACGCACCAUUUUCCCAUUGGGAGAAAUCGAAUCCAAAAGCACCGUGAAACAGCUAGCCAAAGAACUGGGAUUGCACGACAUUGCUACCAAAAAAGAGAGUAUGGGUAUUUGCUUUGUUGGCCAGCGUCGACGAUUCGCAGCAUUUUUGGAACAGUAUAUAGAUCAACCUCCUGGACCUGUUGUGAACUUGGAGAAUGGUCAAUUGAUUGGCCAACAUCAAGGUCUUUUUGGUUACACUAUAGGUCAGGCAUCCCGUAUCUGUCAUGGUUCAGAUAAAUGGUUUGUGGCACAGAAAAUCAUGAGUGAAAACAAACUAGUAUGUGUUGCUGGCUCAAACCAUCCUUCUCUUUUUCACAAUGGUUGUAUUGCGCGUGAUUGGGUCUGGAUCCAUCAAAAUCCACCAAAAGGGUUGACGGAAGGAAAUGGAGAAAUGGUGGUCGAUGCUCAGAUCAGGUAUAGACAAUCACCUGAAAAGGCUUUUUUGUCACUCCAACCGGAUGGUCAGUACAGUGUUCGUUUCAUGAAUCCGAUACGUGCAAUAGCACGUGGCCAGCAAGUAGUAGUUUGGGAUCAAGAUUGGUGUUUGGGCGGUGGUGUAAUAGAGCAUGUUCUAUAA